AUGGCUGCUCGCAUUUUGUCGGACUUCAGAGCUGGUUUUCGUUCGCUGCUUAAGCGAAUCCUCGCAGCGGAAGCCUUUCACUCGACUGGAAUUCGCCCCUUUUCUGUUAUGCUCUCUAAGAGCCCAUUGACUGAGAUAUCCAAGAAAAGAGCUAAAUUUACGUCUAGUCACGAAAGGACGUUCUUCAGCAAGUCCAUUCCCCCGGAGGCCGUGGGGCCAGUGCUCUUUGGUACAGGUUUCCUCGGUGUUGUGCUUGGGAUUGCUUGGUGGAUGAGACGUAAAGAAUCGCAAUAUGCAGAUCCGAACUAUCACCCAGUAUAUGAAAAAAGACCAGCUUCCAGCUCUUCGGCAACAGCAUCUGGAACUCAAGCUACUGCCACAAACACUCCAACGCCUUCUGCGUCAACACUUCCUUCUCAUGUGCAGCAUGUGAUAAUUGGUGCCGGAGCUGCAGCCAUAUCUGCCGCGCGAACUAUCCGUGCCUCUGAUCCUCUCGCUAAGGUUUUGAUGAUCGCCGGUGACGCAUCAACCGGGGAAGCUCCCAUUGAGGAGACAGACGGUCAGACGCCGCCACCUUAUAUCCGCCCACUGCUUAGUAAAGGUCUUUGGUGGCGAAAACCAGAAAGGAGGAAGCAGAUGCUGGCCGCCGAGGGAGACAUCCGCAAGCACUCAUGGCUAUUCUACGAACCUCUCAGUUUUUUCGUGGAGCCCUCACAGUAA